AUGGCCCCCUCCUCUCCCGCCAUCACCUCCACGCUCGCCGACCUCCCCCUCCAGGCCCUCUACGCUCGCCUCCAGCCCAUAACCGUCCCCGCGGGCCACCCCCGCGCGACGUUCAUAAACUGGGGACUCAGCUAUGCGUGCACGCCACUGGCCGUGUUCGAGCCGGAGACCGAGCAGCAGUGCGAGCUCGUCUUCGAGCUGGCCCGCCGCGAAGGGCGGACGGUGCGCGCGGCGGGCGUGGGCCACAGCCCAAGCGAUCUCGCGUGCACCUCGGGAUACAUGCUGCGGACCGAAAAGUUGAAUAAGAUCAUCGAGGUCAAUGCCGAAAAGAAAUAUGUCGUCGCACAUGGUGGCAUCACCCUCCAAGCUCUCCAUGCCGAGCUCGCAGCCAACAACCUCGCCAUGAUCAACCUGGGCUCCAUCUCCGACCAGACGCUCGCCGGCAUGGUCACAACUGCCACCCAUGGCUCGGGGAUCGCCUUCCAGGUUUUGUCCACCCAUGUGAUGUCGCUCACCCUUCUACUUCCCAACGGAUCUCGCGUCCGCUGCUCGCGCCAAGACAAUGCCGAUCUCUUCAUGGCGUCUCUCUGCGGCCUGGGAAGUACCGGCCUCAUUCUCCAAGUCCAGCUUGAGGUCACAGACGCGUUCCGCCUGAAGGAGACGCAAGAGUCGAUAGCGUUUGACGAGGUAAUCCGGAACCUCGAUCCAAUCGUUCACUCUGCCGAGCACGUACGACUCUGGUGGUUCCCCCAGGCCGGCGUUGUCCGCGUCAGUGCAGCAAAUCGGGCGGCGGAGGUAAAUGCCUUCUUGUGCAUGAAACCGGUCGACACCUGGCUGUGGCACUCGCUCGUGGGCUACCAUCUGCUGCAGUUCCUGUUCUUCCUGGGGCGGUACAUCACGUCGCUCAACCCGUGGAUCGGAAGGUUCGGCGCGUGGCUAGUGUCAGACAAGACAGUUGGCAUCAACGACAGCCACCGCAUCUUCAACAUCGAUUGCAAGUACCCGCAGUAUACCACCGAGUGGGCGAUACCAUAUGAGAACACGCGCGCCUGCCUGUCCGAGCUGCGAGCGUGGCUGGACGAAGAGGCCGCGUCCCCAACCGGUCUGCGUCCACAUUUUCCCGUGGAGAUUCGCUUCACGGCCGCGGACGACGUCUGGCUGAGCCCCAGCAACGGCGGCAAGACCUGUUGGAUUGGGCUCGUUCAGUACAAGCCAUAUGGCUUGAAUGUUCCCUACAGGAAACUCUUUUCCCAUUUCGAGGAAAUUAUGGCCCGACACAAUGGCCGGCCCCAUUGGGCAAAGGCCCAUCACCUCCGGCCUGAUGGGCUUCGAAAGCUCUACCCCCGAUUUGAUGACUUUGUCAAAGUGCUGCAGGAGGUCGACCCGAACGGGAUGUUGCGAAACGAGUACGUAGAGCGGCAUCUGUUUGGCAAAAAGGGACGAGAGUACGAUGAGAGGGUGUUCAAGCGCGCGCACUGA